UUCUACACGAAUACUAACAUCAACAUGAAAAGGAUUUUGGAUUUUACAAUCAGCGAGCUCUGGGCGCACGAGGAGAGAAAGUUCACUUUCUCCGACAUGCCGUAUUUCUUCCAUUGGUGGGCAAACAGAGAUGGCACAGUGCGUCGCAUGGUGUAUCAGCUUCUCCGGCAAGGUCGACUGCACUUCGUCGGCGGCGGCUGGGGUAUGGUUGACGAGGCCACAACUAAUUAUCACGCGGUGGUGGACCAGUUCACAUAUUCUUUGAGGAAGCUCAACGCAACAUUCCUGGACUGCGGAUUGCCCCUAGUUUCCUGGCAAGCGGACUCCUUCGGACACUCAAAGGAGAUAGCUUCCAUGAUGGCGCUCAUGGGGUUUGACGGCCAUUUUAUCAACCCCAUCAGCUUUGAUGAUGAACUAGCGCGCAUGAGGAGGAAAGGCAUGGAAUUCUUGUGGAGGGGCAAUGAUGAUAUUGGAGCUGAAACUGACAUCUAUACUCACAAACUCUUCGAUGGCUACUGGUCCCCUCCAGGGUUCUGCUUUGGGACUACCUGCAACGACCCCCUGCUGGUCACGUCUGACACAAUGUUCAAAAAUGUUGAGGAGCGGGUGGAUUUCUUCAUAAAGUCGAUGCAGCAUCGCCAGUCUCCGUAUUACGCCACGAAGAACGUGAUGGUCAUGAUGGGAAAGAGAAUGGGGUACUAUGACGCCAGCGUGUGGUUUGCAAACAUCGACAAACUGAUCAAUGAGGUGAACCAGAAGAGUUAUUCUACUGGCGCGAACUUGCAUCUCUUUUACUCGACCCCUGCUUGCUAUUUGAAAGCUGUACAUCGUGAGAACCCUCAGUUAGAGACUAAACAGGACGACUUCCUUCCCCUGGCGUAUGACAAGUUCUCUCACGCGACGGGCAUGUACACUUCACGACCUACUCUCAAAUACGUCGCCAGAGAGGGACAUCUCUACUUACUGGUCGCAAAGCAGCUGCAACUUUUUGCUAGACUUUGGAGUAAUAACAAAAUAUUUGAAGAUCUAAAUUGGAUCGUAGGAGUAUUCCAAGACCACAAUAUAAUAUCAGGUGCUCUGAGAGAGUAUGUUAAAGAUUACUACAUGGAGAAAAUGGAGAGAGCUGUGCAAAAAGCAACUUUGCUGUUCAAACAGGCUUUCAACAAGCUGAGGAAGAGUUCGCUAUACACGUUGUAUCACAGAUGCUCGUUCAACAUUUCGAGUUGUAACAACACAGAAUCGAGGCAAAGUUUUAUUGUAAUUUAUAACCCGCUUGCAUGGAACGUAACAAUUCCAGUCAGAUUACCGAUUCAGAACGUGAAGUAUGAUGUCUGGGAUCCUAAUCUGAAAGAAAUCACCACUUCAACGAUAAGAAUUCCUCAACCAGUUCUAGAUAUACCGGAGAGGCGAGCUGUAGCGGAACACGAAUUAGUUUUCCUAGCAGACCUACCUCCUUUGGGUUUCAAAUCGUACUUCCUAAGAAAGCAAGGUCGCCAACAAAGAUCGAUAAUAAAGAAAAUCAAAAACACAAAUAAGAAAUACUUGAUUCGACAAACAAGUAACCUGGAUAUAGAUGAUGACUCCUUGUUGAACGUCAAAGAUGAUUAUUUCUAUGCUGAAGACGUAACAGAGAAACCUGGAGCUAAAAUUGAGUUUGCCAAUGUAACCAAGACUGGAGGGAGGAAUUUUGGAGUCAUCCUCACUCCAAAACCAAGGGUAGAAAGUACUACAGUUCGUAACAUAACGAAAGACGAGGUAUUUUAUCAUUACGAUGAAGUAACUGAGAGAAUAGAGGAAACAACAGUGAUUGUAACUGAGGCAGUGACGACAACUAAACCGAAAAUAAUGAGAAAAUCUGAAGAUACCUCGGAGGAUUCUAAAGAUACGUUUAUUUCUAAUAAGUACAUCCGCAUAGAUCUAGACUCGUUCAGAAAAAUAACAAAAAUGACGCUCUCCAAUGGAGUUUCCAUUCCCCUGGACAUCCAAUUCUUCUUCUACCCAUCAGACCAGCCCAUGGAGAUGGGGAGAGCUGAUAAAAAGAAACCAGGGGCUUACAUAUUCCGGCCAUUGGAUACAAAACCAGAACCGAUUUUAGACUAUUUGGAUACAAAGGUCUAUAAAACAGAAGUCGUUGAGGAAAUACAUUGUGUAUAUUCGAAUUAUACUUCUUUUGCGAUGAAACUUUAUGUGGAAAGACCUUAUGUGGUGUUAGAUUGGCUUGUAGGGCCUAUACCGGGUCAAGAUGGUAUUGGUAGAGAAGUUUUUAUCAGGUACACAACGGAUUUGGAGAACGAAGGAGUUUUUUAUACAGACGCUAAUGGACGACAGACUAUAAAAAGGAUAAGAAAUAUUCGGCCAACUUAUGAACCAGUGAAUAUGGACGCAAUACCAGGUAACUUCUACCCGGUAACAUCAAAAAUACACAUAGAAGACCCAAAAAAGAACAUACGAUUCUCAAUUUUUAACGAUAGGACCCAAGGAGGUUCGUCAUUACAUGAUGGUGAGAUUGACCUUAUGGUCCACAGAAGAGUAUUUACUGACGACACUGGAACCCAAACAUGGCUGAAUGAGACUGAAUUUGGCCAUGGAAUUAUAGUUAGGGGCCAACAUGUUUUAUAUCUUUCUAAGGCUGAUUAUAAGCAGAAUAAAAUUUAUGAAAAGAUUUUGGCCAAAGAAUUAGCUUAUCCACCUCCUAUCUUGGUUUCAACAGAUAGUCCAUACGGAUAUUACUCAAAAACAAAAUGGGAAACGGAGGUCAAUGAAUUUACAGCGAUAAAAAACAAACUGCCUUUAGGAAUUCAUCUUUUAACCACAGAAGAAUGGAAUUCUGGAACAUUGUUAUUAAGACUAGAGAAUUAUUUAGAAAAAUCUGAUACUAUCAAAAGUGGAGUUAAAACUGUGUUUAUCAAAGAUUUGUUUGUGAAUAUAAAAAUUAAUGAUGUACAGGAAACCACGUUAAGCGCCCAUUUGUGGCUGAAAGAUUGGUCGCCUUUGAUUUGGAACAAAAAAGGAAAGUUUGUUAAGAACUUUAAUAAUUUUUAUGGUGACUUCAAUGGCACUUCGGAGUAUUGUGAAGAUGAAGAAGUUAAGAAGUUUGAAGAAGUGAAUUUUGAGAAAGGAAUAGUUUUGAAUCCACAACAAAUAAGAACUUUUGUCGUCUCGUUUAAUUAUACUGGUAUUAAAAUUGGAAAUGUUCUAUAAAAA